CCCUUCAACUGUCAAAUUUCCUGAAAACGCUUGCGUGCCAGAGCUUCACAAACAUUUUUGCCGGACAAAUUUUCGUUCGUUUAGCCGGUAAUUGUAGGAAAUUCCAAGGAAAUUUUGUGUCGGAAAUCAGCCGGAAUCAGUGCCGCAUCGAUUCCACCUGUUUUUGAUCAGUUUUAUAAGGAGCAGUGAGAGUGGUUCGUGGAUUGCUAGCCGUCAGCCAUAUUUACGAUCGAAGGGGAAACCGAUUCUGAGAGGGAUGGAUCGCAAGCAGUUAAUCUACGUGGAGAACAUUUCUCCGACCAGCAGCGAGCAGAACCUGCAGGUGUACCUGGAAAAGUUUGCCCCUGUCCAGGCGGUGUACUUCCUGCGGGAGAAGCAAUGCACCAAGCGGUCGAUUGCGGCGUUCCUGCGGGUUGCCAACGAAACCGAUCGGGACAUCAUUAUGCUGCGGAAUCAGCAGAACUAUCGCGGCAAGCGGUUGUUUAUGCUGCAGGCCGAUAAGCCGCAUGAAUACCAGGCGGACCUCACCAUCAUCGUGCGGAACAUUACCAGGCAAAUCUCUGAGGAGAACUUGUUCGAGCACUUUGAGGAUUGCGGCAAGAUUACAUUUCUGCAGAUUCGUACCGACGAUUUUGCCUACGUUGCCUUCGAGGACAAGUCGGCGGUGCGUAAUGCCUUGAACAAGAACAACCAGCCGCUCAAGGGCUCGAGUCUUAAGAUUCAAGUCCUUACCCGUAACCUGGACAUUAUGAUUGUCAACUUGGAUACGCUGGCAUCUCGCAUGCCCGAUUUAUACCGGAAGAUGAUUUUGCCCGUGGAACCUCGAGCUCCUGGCAGCCAAUCGCAGCCAGCUGUUGCAGAGCAACCCAAACAACAGCAGCAGCCGCAGCAGCAGCAAUCCAAGCAGCAGCAGCAGCAACCCAAACAGCAGCAGCAACAGGCUCAACAACAAAUGUCAAGACAACAGCAGCAAUCUCAGCAGGGAAGACAGCAAUCCCAGCAGCAACAGCAACAACAACAAAGAGAAAAUCAACAACGCCAGCAGCGUGAAAAUCAACAACGUCAGCAACGUGAAAAUCAACAACUCCAGCAACAGAUCCAAGCUCAGCAACAACAAAGAUUGCAACAGCAGCAGCAGAUUUUACAGCAAAAUAAACCACUGCCCCAACGUCAACAAAAUCAACGCCAGCCGUACCAACAGGUUCAAAGUCAAGGGUUGCAACAACAGCAGAACCAACUGCAAAAUCAGAUACAACUGUUGAAGGAUAAGGCUAAUGCUCUUUCCGGCAGGCAGCAGCAGCUCCAGCAGCAACCAAAGCAGCAGCGCCAACAACAACAACAACAACCAGCAAAGGUUGAACCGCCCAAGGGACAGCAACCGAAGCAACAGAAUAAAGUUGAAACCUCCGACACCGACGAGGUCCAGAUUGUCGAGGUUAUGGAAACCCAGGAAAUCAUCGAAGAUGACGAUGAUGACGAGGUGCAAAUUGUGGACAAGCCGCCGGUCGAGCCGAUUCCAUCGGAUUACGUUCCGAAACCGGACGAUCUGAUGCGCCCGAUCAAGGCGUCCGAGCUGGUACUGCAGGACGUGCCCAAGCAGAAGAGCGAAGACGAUUGUCGGUCCGUGUGGGUCAACAACAUCCAACCGGAGACGCGUCGCAUCGAUCUGGUCCUGUAUCUGGAGCAGUUUGGUGAUGUCAUUUUGUGCAAGAUCGGAAACUCGAACAACUGCGCGUUUACCCGGUGGGCCAAGGUGGUGUUUACCACUGAGGAUGCGGCCAUCAGGGCAGCGGAGUAUUUCCUGCACCCGUUCCAGGGUCGAUAUCUGUUUGUGCUGCGGUGCUCCAAAUACGUCGUCGAAGAACCGGGCAAAGUAUUCACGAUCGAUUACCUGUCGAAGUACGUGGUUUACGAGGACGUCAUUAAGGCGUUCAAGAACAUCGGAGAUAUGUACUAUCUCGUUCGGUUGUAUGACAACACCUAUAAAGUGCGCAUUUUCUUCCUCGACAAAGUGGAUGAGAAGGCUGUACUGGCAGUGGAUACAAUCGACGGACAACCGGCCAAGUUGGAGCCGUACGUCGAGAACAUGCCACUGAGACUAGCAAAAACUGUAGCCAAGGAGCUCAAAGAGCAACGUGAAAUUUUGGAUCCGGAGAAAGAAGCUCGUCUGGCCAAAGUAGACGAAAUUUACAAACAAGAAGCGCUCGAACGUUUGUCCAUUCGGACGUAUACCAAUCCGGAUCCGAAGACCAGUCCCGUCGAAGUCGUCAUCUACAACGUUCCCGUGGGCACAACGGAUCAGCAAAUCAGACGUUUCUUCAAACCGGUCGGAGAACCGACGGCCAUCCGCCGCGAACCGAUCGCAACUGAAACGCACGCAGUGCGUGAGGUCGAGUGCGUUUAUGUUGGCUUCCGAACGCUGUCGAUGGCCAUGCAGGCAGCGGAGAUUCCGCCGGAGAGGACGCUCAACUCGUACAAUCCGUUCAUCUUUACCGCCUGGAGCCAGGUGACCAUGAGCGACAAGAACACGGUGCGGAUGUUCUUCAACAAAUUCAUCUCCAUCCAGGACAUCUACAACGGGUUGGCUCACUGCGGUCCGAUCAAGUACAUCGAGAAGCAGAGGGCCAAACGGGCACUGGUCGUGUUCGGGAAUGGCGAGACCGGUUUGAUGAAUGCCAAAAAGAUGAACUUCAUCGGUGAUACCAAAAUCACCAACCAAGAACAACGGUUCGAUCCUAAUGAUAAAAUCGAUAAAAAUGAAGAUAAGGCUGCCCCGCAAUCUGCUCUCCCAUCUUCACCAUCUUCUACGUCUACACAAACCCAAACUGAAGAAGCGCAAACAUUCAUAUUUACAACGUGGAACGCAUCGGGAUGCUCGUUUGAAUCGAUAAGGGACUAUAUCGAUCACCAAGUGAAAAAGUUAGGGUUAACGGUUACAUGUCUCCAAGAUAUUCGACUGCAGAACAAUGCAAUGUACAAAACUGAACACUACACUUGGUACAACUUCAACCAAGAAACGUCGUCAGAUGCCGGUGGAAUGGCGAUCAUUGUCAGUAACAAUCUAUUCACUGAGUGCACUUUUCAACGGUGGUCCAGUCGCAUAUGUUCCGUAAAACUACCAAUUUGCGGAAUGAAUCUCACUGUAUUUUCUGCACACGCUUGUACCGAAGGAAACGGCAACCAGCCCGAUCCGGAACUGAAAACUCUCUAUGAUACCAUCAGUCGUAUGAGCCCGGAAGAGCGUGGUAGUUUCAUUGUUCUUGGGAGUCUUAAUGCCAAAAUUGAUUCCGAGGAGCUGCUUCCCGGGACAGAGCCCUAUAUCGGAAAACUUCUCGCUCACAAACAAAGCAAUGCGAAUGGGGCAUUCGUGCAGAAGAUGAUGGUUGAAUUCAAAAUGCGCCUGUGUAGCACGUACGUUAACAAGAAUCUGAUGACUACGUGGAAAAAGGGCAACGAAGAAGCACAGAUCGAUCACGUUCUCAUGCCCUGUAUUUCUCAAUUCUGGGCAGCCAGGUGCUACUGCGUUCGUGCCUUGGCGAGAUAUUCCUACCAUCGCAUUAUUUUGGUGAGACUCAAGCAGCGUAGAAAGCAAGCUGACCAAGAUAACGCUGGGCAAUCUGCAUCAUCAGAACGGUUCGAUCCUAAUGAUAAAAUCGGUAAAAAUGGAAAUAAGGCUGCCCCGCAAUCUGCUCCCUCAUCUGCACCAUCCUCUACGGGUACACAAACCCAAACUGAAGGGGACGAACUGAAAUUUGCAACGUGGAACGUAUCGAGAUGCUCGUUUGAAUCGAUACGGUCUUAUAUCGAUAAACAUCUGAACGAAUUCGGGGUUACGGUUGCAUGUCUCCAAGAUAUUCGACUGCAGAACAAUGCAACUUUCAAAACUGAACACUACACUUGGUACAACUUCAACCAAGAAACGUCAUCAGAUGCCGGUGGGAUGGCGAUCAUUGUCAGUAACAGUCUAUUCACUGAGUGCACCUUUCAACGGUGGGCCGGUCGCAUAUGUUCCGUAAAACUACCAAUUUGCGGAAUAAAUCUCACUGUAUUUUCUGUACACGCUUGUACCGAAGGAAACGGCAACCAGCCCGAUCCGGAACUGAAAACUCUCUAUGAUAUUAUCAGUCGUAUGAGCCCGGAAGAGCGUGGUAGUUUCAUUGUUGUUGGGAGUCUUAAUGCCAAAAUUGGUUCCGAGGAGCUGCUUCCCGAGACAGAUCCCUAUAUCGGAAAACUUCUCGCUCACAAACAAAGCAAUGCGAAUGGAGCAUUCUUGCAGAAGAUGUUGGUUGAUUUUAAACUGCACCUGUGUAGCACGUACACUUACAAGAAUCUGAUGACCACAUGGAAAAAGGGACGCAAAGAAGCACAGAUCGAUCACGUUUUCAUGCCCUGUAUAUCUCAAUUCUGGGCAGCCAGAUGUUACUGCGUUCCUGCCUUGACGAGAUAUUCCUACCAUCGCAUUAUUUUGGUGAGACUCAAACAGCGUAGAAUGCAUGCUGACCAAGAUAACGCUGGGCAAUCUGCAACAUCAGAACGGUUCGAUCCUAAUGAAAAACUCGGUAAAAAUGGAAAGAAGGCACCCCCGCAAUCUGCUCUCUCAUCUGCGCCAUCCUCUACACAAACCCAAACUGAAGAAGCGCAAACAUUCAAAUUUGUAACGUGGAACGUAUCGGGAUGCUCGCAUGAAUUGAUACGGGCUAAUAUCGAUAGACGACUGAGCAAAUUCAAUGUUACGGUUGCAUGUCUCCAAGAUACUCGACUGCAGAACAAUACAACGUUCGAAACUGAACACUACACUUGGUACAAUUUCAACCAAGAAGCGCCGUCAGAUGCCGGUGGGAUUGCGAUCAUUGUCAGGAACAAUCUAAUCACUGAGUGCACCUUUCAGCGGUUGUCCAGUCACAUAUGUUCCGCAAAACUACCAGUUUUCGGAAUAAAUUUCACUGUAUUUUCUGUACACGCUAGUACCGAAGGAAACGGCAACCAGCCCGAUCCGGAACUGAAAACUCUCUAUGAUGCCAUCAGUCGUAUGAGCCCGGAAGAGCGUGGUAGUUUCAUUGUUCUUGGGAGUCUUAAUGCCAAAAUUGGUUCCGAGGAGCUGCUUCCCGAGACAGAUCCCUAUAUCGGAAAAUGCCUCGCUCACAAACAAAACAAUGCAAAUGGAGCAUUCUUGCAGAAAAUGUUGGUUGAUUUUAAACUGCACCUGUGUAGCACGUACUGUUACAGAAAUCUGCUGACUACGUGGAAAAGGGGAAACGAAGAAGCACAGAUCGAUCACGUUUUCAUGCCCUGUGUUUCUCAAUUCUGGCCACCCAGGUGCCAUUGCAUUCGUACCUUGACGGGAUAUUCCGAUCAUCGCAUGAUUAUGGUGAGACUCAAACACCGUAGAAUGUAUGCUGACCAAGAGAACGCUGGGCAAUCUGCAUCAUCAGACCCGGUUAAAUCCGAUGGUGCCACUAACCGAAUGGCUGUAGUGAACGUUUCUCAACCGAAAAGCGUGAAGCAGCACAUCUUUCCCGAUGAUUCAAUCAUUUUUGGCACAUGGAAUGUAUCGGGGUGCGCGCAGGAAUUGGAACAAGCGAGGAUUGAUAGGUUUCUUUACCUUAAUUACAUCUCGAUUGCGUGUAUCCAAGAUACUCGCCUACAGAACAAUACCACGUUCGAAACCGAGCACUACACUUGGUUCAAUGUCAACCAGGAAACACUGCCCAAAGCCGGUGGGACAGCCGUUCUUGUUCGUAAGAACUUCCAAGCGGAGUGUGACUUCAAACGGUUGUCCAGUCACAUCUGUUCCGUGAAGCUUCGAAUUUUCGGCGCAGAUUUCACCGUGUUUUCUGUGCAUGCUUGUACCGAAGGGUCUGACCAGCAACCCGAUCCGGAACUAAACAUCCUACACGAUAUCAUUAGCCGAAUGAGCCCAGAUGAGCGCAACAAUUUCAUAGUUCUUGGCAGCUUAAACGCGAAGAUUACCUUCGAUGAUUUGCUUCCCGAAGCGAUGAGUUAUGUUGGACAAUAUCUCCGGCGCACCCAAAGCAAUGCAAAUGGAAAACAGGUUCAGAAGAUUUUGAUUGACUUUAAACUGAAACUCCUCACCUCGUACGGUCUGCCAAGCGCUAUGAUUACGUGGAAAAAAGGAGACGAAGUGGCACAGACCGAUCAUAUUCUCAUGCCCAACGUUAAACGUUUCUGGAAAAGCAGAUGCCGCGGUAUAGAUGGCGUGGCUGGAGUUUCCGAUUAUCGAAUGCUUACGGCUCGAUUCAAACAUUGUAAACCCGGUGACGUUGAGAAGUCUGCUUCGGAACCAGCAGGGCCAUAUGUCCCCACCAGACUUGAUAUGCAUGCUGACAAAAAGAAGAAACAAACGGAAGAGGAAGCUAAGAAGCAAGCGGCCAAACCAGCCACUGCAAUUGUAAUCGAGGACGAAGACGAAGUGGUCGUUGUGCCCUAUAAUGACUCGCCGAACAAGAAUCAGAACCAAAAGGGUAAAAAUCAGCAGCAACGAGGUGGACCUCAAAACAAACAGCAGCAGCAGCAACAACAAAGACAGCAACAGCAGCAAAGGCAGGGUGGCAAGCGCAAUCGGAAUUCCAAUUCAUUUGGUGAUGGUGGCCCUCCGCAACGACGCCAACAAUUCCAUCCGGACGAACAGCGCAACCAGAUGAACCCUUGGCAAGAUCGUCGCUUCCAGCCAUUCCAGCAACAGGGUCCUCCCAUGGACGAGUUUGAAUUCAUGCAGAUGAAUCAGCAGCAGCAGCAGCAGUUCCGACCUGAUGGCCCAUUCGACCGCUUUGGCAACCAGGGUCCGCCGAAUAUGAAUAUGAAUAUGAACAUGCACGAGUUGGAGCAGUUGAUGAUGGCCCAGCACUUCAACCAGGACAACGACAAUGGCUUCAAUAUGCGUGGCAACCCGAUGGAUUCCAUGGACCCACCGUUGGAACGUUCGCCGUGGGCUCGACAACAGCAGCAGCAACAGCAUUUCGAUCGCUUCAGUCCACCUAGGCAGCGUUCGCCAUUUGGCCGAGGCUACCCAGACGAUGAUCCUUGUUUCGGUCGGGAUUCGCCCGGACUUCCAUCGAACAUUCCGGACGACGAGAUCGACGAGUACAUCAUGCGCAAGCAGGAAGCUAUCAAACGUCGCUUGGAACAGCUGGACAAGCAGCUUAUUUCCUCGGUGGAAAUGACUCGCCAUCGCGACUUUGAGCAAGCUUCCCGACGUCGUCCGGGAGCUGGUACGGUCUUCAGCGAUAACGGCGAUGUGCAUUACGUUCCCAAUCCGGCGGCGGUUGCGCGGAACCGAGGCCGUCGCGGUGGCGGUCGGAGAGGCGGCCGAGGAGGCGAUGGUGGACCCGAUGGACCGUCCCGAAGAAGCAAGGAAAGAGGUCAGAACCAAGGAGGCCAAGGCCGUCAACUGAAAGGUCGUGCCAGAGACCCAUUUGCUGACGUGGACAUUGUACCGAUUAUCCGGAUAUCGGAAGAACGAUCUCCGUCGCCGAAGCGCAGCCGGGAGGACGAAUUCGAUACUGCUCAGUUUGACGCCGCUUGGAAUUAAGGUUUUGGAGAGCGCCCUCAACUCGGACGGUACUCGGAAGGAACGAGUAUCGUGUUAAUCACAAUGUGUUUUAUCUCUGUAUGGACAUUUGGAACCACUGCAUUGACUUUGAAGUACGAUUGACAUUCGAUAUGUAUUAUUUAAAACUCAAUGGUAAUCACUAAUACUUACCUAUAAAAACAUGUGUAGUAAAUGAUAA